AUGGCCCGGAGCCGGCCCAUGUCCCGUUGGACACUCUUUCUGUCCUUCGUGGUUCUUAUCGCAUGCAUUGUUGUACCCGGAGUAACGGUCAAACAUGAAAACUUCAAGACAUGCCAGCAGUCCGGUUUCUGUAAGCGCAACCGAGCUCUCGCCGACAACGCCUCCGCCCAAGGUGCCUCAUGGAGCUCACCCUACGAGCUUGACCCCGCUACAAUUCACUUCAAGGAUGGCCAAUUGAAUGGUAUCCUCAUCAAGACUACAUCUACACAUGAAAAACUUCGCCUGCCUGUCACGGUCUCCUUCCUCGAAUCCGGUGCGGCGCGUAUCAUUGUUGACGAGGAGAAGCGCCUCAAGGGCGAUAUCGAAAUCCGACAUGAUAGCAAAGCAAACAAGAAGAGGUACGACGAGACCGAGAAAUGGGUUAUCGUGGGUGGCUUGGAAGUGAGCAAGUCCGCCACAUUGAAUGCCCAGACCGAGACUGGUUUCACCAAUAUUUUGUACGGACCUGAGGACAAAUUCCAGGCGAUUAUUCGCCAUGCACCUUUCGAGGUUGAGUUCCAGAGAGACGGCGAGACUCAUGUGCAGAUCAACCACCAGGGUUUGCUGAACAUGGAGCACUGGCGGCCCAAGGUCGAGCACCAGGAGGGCGAGUCUCCCGAGGAGGAGGGCACCUGGUGGGAGGAAUCCUUCGGCGGCAACACCGACUCGAAGCCCCGCGGCCCCGAGAGUGUCGGUCUUGAUGUCACUUUCCCCGGGUACAAUCAUGUGUUUGGUAUCCCCGAGCACGCCGACUCUCUGUCACUGCGUGAGACUAGAGGAGGACCGGGCAACCACGAACAGCCAUACCGCUUGUAUAACUCUGAUGUUUUCGAGUAUGAGCUCAACAGCCCCAUGACCCUGUAUGGAGCUAUUCCAUUCAUGCAGGCGCACCGUAAGGAUUCUACCGUCGGUGUGUUUUGGCUCAACGCAGCGGAGACUUGGAUCGAUAUUGUCAAGGAGGCAGCGAACUCGAACCCGCUUUCGAUGAGCGCUCACUCUAAAACCAACACAAAGACCCACUGGUUCUCCGAGGCGGGUAGAAUCGAUCUUUUUGUCUUUUUGGGACCCACGCCACAAGAUAUCAGCAAGACUUACGGUCAGCUGACCGGUUACACCCAGCUGCCUCAGCACUUCGCCAUCGCUUAUCACCAGUGCCGCUGGAACUAUGUCACUGAUGAGGACGUGAAGGAGGUCGAUGCCAAAUUCGAUAAAUACCAGAUCCCCUACGAUGUUAUCUGGCUGGAUCUGGAGUAUACUGACGACCGGAAAUACUUCACUUGGGAUCCUCUCACGUUCCCCAACCCUAAGGGGAUGCAGGAAAAGCUGGACGAAUCCGAGCGUAAGCUUGUGGUUCUCAUCGAUCCCCACAUCAAAAAUAAGGAUGAUUAUUUCGUCUCGCAGGAGCUGAAGAGCAAAAAUCUUGCUGUUCUCAACAAAGACGGCGAGAUAUACGAUGGGUGGUGCUGGCCUGGUUCCUCGAACUGGGUUGACUGCUUUAACCCGGCUUCAUUCCCAUGGUGGAGUAGUCUCCACAAAUUCGAUAAAUUCAAGGGAUCGCUUUCCAAUCUUUUCAUUUGGAACGACAUGAAUGAGCCCUCGGUCUUCAAUGGUCCAGAGACAACUAUGCCCAAGGAUAACCUCCACUUUGGUAACUGGGAGCACCGUGACGUUCACAAUGUGAACGGUAUCACUCUUGUCAAUGCUACCUACCAAGCCAUGUUGGAGCGCAAGAAGGGCGAAGUGCGCCGGCCGUUCAUCCUGACCCGUUCUUAUUAUGCCGGUGCCCAGCGCAUGUCGGCCAUGUGGACCGGUGAUAACCAGGCUACUUGGGAGCAUCUCGGUGCUUCUUUGCCAAUGGUCCUGACCAACGGCAUCGCAGGUUUCCCCUUUGCCGGUGCUGAUGUUGGUGGUUUCUUCCACAACCCGGACAAAGAUCUUCUCACUAGAUGGUACCAAGCUGGUAUUUGGUAUCCUUUCUUCCGCGCCCAUGCUCACAUCGAUACCCGCCGUCGUGAGCCUUAUCUGAUCAGCGAACCGCACCGCACUAUCAUUUCCCAGGCAAUCCGCCUGAGAUACCAGCUUUUGCCUGCUUGGUACACCGCUUUCCACGAGGCAUCUGUCAAUGGUACCCCUAUUGUGCGUCCCCAGUACUACGUCUUCCCCGAUAAUGAAGCAGGAUUCGCCAUCGAUGACCAGUUGUACCUGGGUGCCACCGGCCUCCUUGCCAAGCCUGUCGUGACGGAGGACACAUUCACGACUACCAUCUACAUCGCCGAUGACGAGAAAUACUACGAUUACUUUGACUUUACAGUUUACCAGGGCGCAGGCAAGCGACACACCGUCCCAGCCCCCGAGGACAAGAUUCCUCUCCUGAUCCAAGGUGGUCACAUUGUACCUCGUCGGGACCGCCCUCGUCGCAGCAGCGCUCUCAUGCGUUGGGAUCCCUACACUCUCAUCCUUACCCUAAACAAGAAGGGUGAAGCCGAGGGUUCUCUUUACGUGGAUGAUGGAGAGACCUUCGACUACGAGCGUGGUGCCUACAUCCACCGCCAAUUCCAGUACAGUGACUCAGUUCUGUCCUCCGAGAAUCUCGGUACCAAGGGCGCUAAGACUGCCGAGUACCUCAAGACAAUGGCUGGCGUCACCGUUGAGCGCGUUGUCAUCAUCGACCCACCUAAGGAGUGGAAGGACAAGAGCACUGUUGUUAUCGUUGAAGACGGAGCCAAGACAGGCUCAACUGCUGUCCUUGAAUACUAUGAGCAGGAGAGUGGUAAGGCAUCGUAUGCCGUUGUGAAGAGUCCGAACGUUGGCAUCGGGAAGACAUGGCGGAUAGAGUUCUAA